AUGGCUCGCGCUCGCAGCCUCUCCCCGCCCGCUGACAUUCCGCUGGGCCAUUCUGCAACCUCGCCGCCGCCUCUACUGCCGCUGUCCAAGCGCGACAAACGCCGCACCAUGCUGUCCGACAAGCUGGGCGACAUGGUCGCCGGCUUCUCCGACAACCGCGACCAGCAUUACCGCGCCCAGAUCCAGGCCGUCCAGGCCGACAUGGCUCUGAUCAUGCGCGCCGACCCCUACCAGAACAAACCUUUGGACGACUCUGGCGACGACGUCAACGACACCAUCCAAGCCACCACCGGCGCCCACCAGCCUCAGCCCGGCACCGCCUCCAGCGACUAUGUCGCCCAGGUCGGCCGCUUCCACUCCCGCUUCGUCGAGGAGGUCAACAAUGCCAUGGAGGACCGCGACGUGGCCCUUACCAUGCUCUUUAACAAGCACCAGUCCAGCCUGAGCGAGCUCAAUCAGUCGCACCAGUACAAGGUCAAGCUCGCCCAGGAAGAGCACAAGCACCUCGCCAACACGCUCCGCGAACGCCUCAUCGCCAGCAUCAAGCAGAGACAGGCCCGCCUGCUCAAGGAAAAGGAGCAGCUGGACAUUGCCGACAGCAACGCCCUCCUCCUCCACCCGAACCAGUUCAGCAUCACAAACCCCGCCUCUCCGGGCGGGCCCCAGGCCAAUCGCAAGACCAGACACACGCGGCACCGGGUCGGCGACGCCGACGACAUGGUGGGCUCGGCCAUGGCGGACAAGUCGCGGAAGCGCAAGCACUUUGAGGACGCCGACAGUGGCUCGCCGGGCCCGUCUGGCCGAAACGCCGACCUGGGCUUCGCCUCGCCCUUCCGCGAUGCCAAGGCCAAGACGAUGCACACGCAGUUCGAGGCGCCCGCCUACUCGAUCGACCGGCUGUUCACGGACAAGGAGCUGGCCAUGACGAUGAACACGGCCGCCGUCGCGACGACGCACUUCUUCAACAAGCUGCGGGUGCAGGAGCAGCAGCAGCAGCAGUUCGGAUCUUCGGCGAACGGCACCAAUGGCACCAACGCCAACCUCGACGGCGGCAACGACUCGGGCAGCGCCACGGCCAACGAGGGCGACGCCGACGCCGACGACGACGUCGCCAUGCCCGCCGCCCCAGAGAUGGAGCGCACACAAUCGCACCACGCGACGCGGGGCUCGACGCGCAACAACCCGCUCGCCGACCUCGCGCUGGCAGCCGAGCGGACCAGCCUGCCCUUCGCGGGCGUAGCACCGGUCAUCAUCCCCGCCAACAUCGGCAGCAAGGCGAACGCGUCGGCGCCGACGCCCCCGGGCCUCGCCAACGCCGAAGUCGACGCCGACUUUGCCAUCAUGAGCCGGCCCGCCGACGGCUCCGACGAGCUGCAAGAACGCCUCCUCAACACGGCCUGCGCCCCGCUGCAAACCCGCGAGUUCCAGUACCAGCCCAGCGGCAGCAGUGGUGGUGGCGGCGGCGGCCCCGGCGGCACCGGCGCCCGUGGCGACUCCCACCACCCCACCCACCACGCCCACACAAACGGCCUGCUGAGCCUCCCCCCGCACGUGGAUUUCUCGGCCGCGGCCGCCGGCGGCAGCGCCGCCAUGAGCCGCCAGGGCAGCCAGACCGGCCUUAGUGAUGGCGGCGGGGGCGCGGGCAGCGUGCCCAUGAGCAGGCAUGGCAAUGGCAGCUCUGUGGGUGGGACGGGCAUGCGGCGCACGGCGAGCGGCUUUGGCAGGGGCAAGGGCCGGGUGGCGUAG